AUGGAGCCGGAGGGGGUGCGGCACCGGAUGGUGGAGGUGGCCAAGGGGGUGCGGCUGCACGUGGCGGAGGUGGGGCCCGAGAACGGUCCCGUGGUGCUGCUCGUGCACGGCUUCCCGGACCUCUGGUACGGCUGGCGCCACCAGAUGGUCGCCCUGGCGGCCCGGGGCUUCCGCGCCGUCGCGCCCGACAUGCGCGGCUACGGCGACUCCGACGUCCCGCCCUCCGCGGGCUCCUACUCCAUCUUCCACCUCGUCGGCGACCUCGUCGCCCUCAUCGCCGACCUCGCUCAGCCCCAGGUGUUCGUGGUUGGGCACGACUGGGGCGCACUCGUGGCAUGGCAGCUCUGCCUGCUCCGGCCGGACCUUGUGCGGGCGCUCGUUAACCUCAGCGUGGCCUACCACCCGCGCAGCUCCGAGGGGAGCCCGCUCCAGGUCGUCAGGGCCUUGUGCGGGGAAGACCACUACAUGUGCCGUUUCCAGGAGCCUGGAGUCGCUGAAGCUGAAUUUGCUCUAUACGACAAUAGUCAUAAGUUUAAGACGGUCUUUGGAAUGCGCAAACCAGCUCCUCCUAUUCUACCCAAGGACAAGACCUUCUUUGACUCACUAGAUUCGGAUGGUACUUGCCCUCCAUGGUUGUCUGAAGAAGAUAUUUCCUACUAUGCAGACAAAUUUGAGAAGACAGGGUUUACAGGAGGGCUUAACUACUACAGAUGCAUGGACUUGAAUUGGGAGCUUUCUGCACCAUGGACUGGAGCUCCAAUAAAAAUAGCAACAAAAUUCAUCGUUGGGGACCUUGACGUUACAUACAGUGUACCGGGGGUGAAAGACUACAUUCACAAGGGUGGCUUGAAAGCGAGCGUGCCGAAUCUGGAGGAUGUGGUUGUUAUGGAGGGAGUGAGUCACUUCUGCAACCAGGAGAAGCCUAAUGAGGUUUCAGAUUACAUCUGCGAGCGUUUGAGAAGCACACCAUGGAGAAGGACAUCGCGGAGUACAUCAAGAAGGAGUUCGACAAGAACCACGGCCCCACCUGGCACUGCAUCGUCGGCCGCAACUUCGGGGGAGACAGUGACUGAGGUAUAA